GAUGAAUUGGCUCUGACCCUAGAGGAGGUUGUCGGAUAUGAUGCAAAUGGGGAACCUAUCCCCAAGGUUGAGUGGGACGUUGAGGAGCCUAGAGUGAUCAAGACUGUGGCCUCACUGGAGGCUCAGCCUAUAAAGAGGUCAAUUUCCUAUUUGUCAAUUCCGGUUUCUACUAAUAAAAUGCUACGCUCUAUUGUUCAGGCACCCAAGUUGGAAUUGAAGGUACUCCCUGAGCAUUUGAAGUACGCGUACCUAGGAGAAAAGGAGACCCUCCCAGUGAUCAUAUCGUCAACGCUGGAGGUAGAGCAAGAAAGGAAGUUGGUGGACGUGUUGAAGAAGCACAAGACUGCCAUUGGUUGGACUCUAGCAGAUAUCAAGGGGAUCAGCCCAACCACGUGUGUCCACCGGAUCCUGUUAGAAGAUGGCGCCAAGCCCACAAGAGAAGCCCAAAGGCGUCUACAUCCGCCCAUGAUGAAGGUGGUCCAAGACGAGGUGAUCAAGUUGCUAGAUUGUGGGGUGAUCUACCCCAUUUCUGAUAGUAAGUGGGUCUCUCCAGUGCAAGUGGUGCCCAAGAAGUCUGGGGUGACAGUGGUACAGAACGAGGAUAAUGAGCUAGUGCCCCAGAGAUUAGUGACUGGUCAUAGGGUAUGUAUCGACUACCGGAAGCUG